AUGAACAACUCGCCCUCCAUCUUCACGCCUAAAGACAGCCUGGCCCGCGGCGCUGUUCGCCCUACCAUCUCCUCGCAGCGCGCUCCGCGAACCUCGAGCCCCUUUCGCCGACAGAGCACGCCCGAUUCUCUCCAACCGAAUACCAUCAAAGCGGCCGAGUCCGCUGCGCCGCUCGCUAUAGCAGAAGGAGGUCCAUCAAUCACAGAGACAAAGGCUACAGGAUCGCCAGCAUCAUCGCCAGGAAGUACAAAUACAGCAGCAGCAGUGAGCCCGUCAAUAUGGAACUCGUUCGCUGAACUUCCCGGGCCCACAUCUGAGCCGGCGAGCAAGCGCCAGAAGCUACGCCCUCGGGCCAAACAUACACUUGACAGCACUUCGUUCUUUCCCUCCGACUACAGCGCGUUAGUCCAGCCGCCUUCGCCUCUGUUCUUCAGCAACAGUCCCCGCCCUCGGCCGACGUUGCCACCGCGCUUCUCGAGCAGCGAGGCGGGGGCCAGGAUGCUGAGCAAGGCACGAACAGAAGAGUCUCAUGUCAAGACCGUCAGUUUGGCGCGAGGUACAGUCUCGACCCCUUCUGCGGGCUAUCCACUUCCAGUAGGCUCUCCGCGCAAUAGGAGUAGUGUGGAAAGGAGUAGCACAGGACGUAGUCUUAGUCCCGACGCCGGGGCAAGCAGCGUGAGAGAUGGCAUGUCGGGCGUAACCCAUGCUCUGAAUUCAGUGGGCAUCAUUGAACUUCUCGAACAAGAUGAGCGACCUACAUUCAUUGUAGACCUUGGAGACAGCACGAACUAUGGCCCUGGUCCCUUGCAGCUGGUUUUCUGCAACGUGUCGCUACGAUCAUACGAGGGCAUGCAAUCACUGGUUUGCGGCACCACUCCACAAGACUCUCCAGGCCCCAAGACAUUCUUGCAAUUCAAGUCUUGGUUGUUAAGUGCAGCUGUAGGCGGCGAGAGCUUGAAUGUCUGUCUCCCGCCUUUCAACUACGCAACCAUGACAUGGAGCUGCUCGACUGUGCGUAAGAGGUUUAGAAUCAUUAGCGGGGCCUUCAUCACUCCGCCAGCUACCUCCACAGCCGCCAUGCGAGUUAGCAUCCCGCCUGCUGAAUCGUUACCAGACGCACUUCCAUUACCACCACCCGCCGAAGCGGUCGACUACUUUGGCACUAUCCCGGGGAUUAAAGCCAGCACCCCUGACGGUUCAAGUAGCACAGUGACCGAAAUCGUACCAACUAUUGAAUCUCGCAGCGCGGAGGUCGAUAGACAUGGCAACCUACUGCAAGUGCCUUCAGAUCUCGACCUGUCUGGAGCAGUGGACCUUUUACCGAGUCCUAGAACGUACGUACAGCCCAGCUCUGGCGAGAACGAUACUCCUGGCGCCAACUCUAUACUUUCAAGCUCUACGAGCAAAGAAAGUCAAAUCGCUAACGAGGGCGCUCUAAACAGCCAGAUACCGAUCGUCUCGUCAGAUGCAGCGUCAUUCGAUUGGACUAGACUGCCGGUCACAGACAACAUGCCAAGCCAUAUUCGCUUUGCUCGAAGUAUUGAUUGGGCAUCUACAAGUCUAGGUCCAAUCGAGAAUUGGAGCAGCGAUCUCCGGCAGAUGUGCAACCUCAUCAUGGCUUCACCACAUCCAGCGGCGAUGUACUGGGGCGAUGACCUGAUCGCCAUCUACAACGAGGCGUACAUUCUUCUAGCUGGCCAGAAACACCCAACUCUGAUGGGCACAAGUUAUCGUGUUGCUUGGGCAGAAAUUUGGGAUGAAGUGAAGGAUGUAUUCGCCAAUGCGAAGACCACUGGAGAGGCCACCAUGAAGGAUGACGACUGCCUCUUCAUCAGGCGGAGCGACUACCUAGAAGAGACGUUCUUUUCUUGGAGCAUCAUCCCAAUGGUAGGAAGAGAUGGUAGCGUCAUGGGACUGUACAAUCCGGCUUUCGAGAAGACCAGGCGCAAGAUAGCCGAACGCAGGAUGCUGACAUUGAGGGAAGUUGGCGAGAGGACAGCUUCGGCACGCGAUGUGAAGGCUUUCUGGCGGCAAGUCUUGGGUUCAUUCGAAUUCAACGAGUUCGACAGCCCCUUCCUCCUUCUAUAUUCGGUCUCCGAUGAGAACGACAGCGACAGCAGCAGCAUACAUUCGAACUCUGUUCUUGCGUCGAGGCAAGCGUACUUGGAAGGCUCCCUCGGUAUUCCAGAAGGUCAUCAGGCUGCGCCAGAGCAGAUUGAUCUGAAGUCUGGCAUGGAGGGUUUUGGUCCGGUCUUCAAGGAGUGCAUGCAGUCAGCCAAACCUGUACUACUAGAGGUGGGAAGUCGUGACCUUCCUGAGAGCCUCAUGCAGGGCUUGGAGGUACGCGGCUUCGAUGAUCCGAUCAAGGCGGUAGUCGUGUGUCCUGUACACCCAACAACUGGAGAAAAUGUGCUGGGCUUUCUAGUCCUGGGCGUCAAUCCACGAAGACCGUACGACGAUGACUACAGUCUCUUUGUACAGCUUUUGAGCAGACAGUUGGCAACAUCUCUGGCGUCAGUGGUACUGUUCGAAGAAGAGAUUCGACGAGGUCAAAGAGCAGCGAAGCUCGCAGCACUGGACCGCAUUGAGUUGUCUGAAAAGCUGGCAGCAAGAACUGCAGAGGCUAUCGAAAGCGAGACCAAGUUUACCCGCAUGGCUGAAUUUGCUCCGGUGGGAAUGUUCAUCGCCAACAGCUCCGGCACGAUCACCUUCGCCAACGAUACAUGGUACGACAUUUCUCGAGUACCGAAGAAUGCAAACAUGGCAGACACAUGGAUGGAUGCCGUCAAGCCAGAGGACAUGGAGUUGGUCAAACAGUCGUGGACUGACCUAGCCGUCAACACCCAGUCUGUGUCAAUUGAAUUCCGAUUCAAAGCGAAAUGGCAAGACAAGAGUGGCAACAAGGGCGACACAUGGGUUUUGUUCAGCGGCUACCCCGAGAAGCACGACGAUGGAGGUCUCAAGUCCAUUUUCGGCAGCAUGACGGACAUCAGUCAACAGAAGUGGGCCGAAGGUCUACAGACUCGAAAAAUGGAAGAAGCUGUCGAAUUAAAACGUCAGCAGGAAAACUUCAUCGAUAUUACAAGCCAUGAGAUGCGAAACCCGCUGUCUGCCAUCUUGCAAUGCUCGGACGAGAUUGCCACGUCCAUGACCAAGUUCAGGCAAAGUGGUGAGCGCGUCAUGCCUGACGAGCUGCUCGCGAGCUGUCUCGACGCCGCCCAGACAAUAAACUUGUGCUCUCAACAUCAGAAGCGCAUCGUGGAUGACAUUCUCACGUUGAGCAAGCUCGACUCGCAGCUCUUGCUGGUCACGCCCGUCGACGCACAGCCCCUGACCGUGGUGCAACGAGCACUCAAAAUGCACGAGGGAGAGCUGCAGGCAGCCGAUAUCCAGAUGAAGUUUGUGGUCGACCAGUCAUUCCGUGAUCUUGGUUUGGAUUGGGUCAGAUUCGAUCCAAGCAGGGUACUGCAGGUGCUCAUCAACCUCACCACCAACGCCAUCAAGUUUACGGGAACUGAAAACAAGCGAACGAUCACAGUCACCAUCGCUGCAUCGCUCGACAAGCCGAGCGAAAGGCCUGACGCCCCUGUGCGCUACUUCCCCACAAGAAAGAAGAACCAAGAUACGAUGUCCGACCAGGAUUGGGGCUUGGGCGAGAAGGUCUAUAUUCACUUUGCCGUUCGCGAUACAGGUCGUGGACUCAGUCCAGAGGAGAAGAAGCUGCUGUUCAUACGUUUCUCGCAAGCCAGCCCUCGUACCCACGUUCAGUAUGGUGGGAGCGGUCUGGGCCUGUUCAUCAGCAGGGAACUCACAGAGCUGCAAGGUGGCGAAAUCGGUGUGGAGAGUGAGGCUGGCAAAGGAUCCAUAUUCGCGUUCUACGUUGCCGCCAGAAAAAGCACACCGCCUGCCGACCCCGCCGACGGCAGUCUGGGUGUCAAACGGCAUAAUCCUCCCUCGUCGAGGAGUAAGUCUGAGCCAUCGGCACCUCCGAACCCGGGCAGCAACAUCCAACGGGUGGAGGGAAUCCAGCCUCAGCCGCCUGCGAAUGGUGGACCGCCAGCCGUGAAGAAAGUCCUGAUUGUUGAAGACAAUCUCGUCAAUCAGAAGGUGCUCCAGAAGCAGCUCAAGAACAACGGUACAGUGGUGCAUCUAGCGAACCAUGGCGGCGAGGCUCUCGAGAAGAUCAUGCAGUCCACAUACUGGCGUGACAGCAAAGGGCCUGGGCCCAGGCUCGAGCUUGGCGUUGUUUUAAUGGACCAGGAGAUGCCAGUCAUGGAUGGACUCACGGCCUCGAGACGUAUCCGCGAAUUCGAAGCCGAAGGCAAGCUGACCGGCCACGUCCCCAUUAUAGCGGUGACAGCAAACGCUCGUCCAGAACAGAUCCAGACCGCCCUGGAUGCAGGAAUGGACGCAGUCGUAGCCAAACCCUUCCGCAUCCCGGAUCUCCUCCCGAAAAUCGAGGAGCUGAUGAUGAGAUACCCCAUGCCUCCGGCGACACAAUAA